AUGGUCCGCCAACUUCCCAAGCGGAAAGACAUUCCCGCACCAAAGACAUAUGGCAAACAGUCCACGAAACGGCGCAGAGUCGCGCAGCUUCCUUUCAUCGACCUGACCGACGACAUCAACAUGUCUUUCGUCCCGGACAAGUUCUCUUCCGAUCCCCUCACAUCCACCCGUCCUACAUCUCAGAAAGCUGCAACCAUGGCCGCCCAACCAUCGCAGGAGGAUGUCAUGGCGGUAUGCGCCUUCACCAGCUGUGAUGAGAGUACCGCCAUUCGCUAUCUCAAGGUAAGUUGCUCCAAUUACCUGCCUGCACCGUCGCGACUAGUGCUGAGCAGUUGCUAACAGGACGCCUGCUUUCGUCAUCUAGGCCAAGCAAAACGAUAUGCAAGCAGCGGUCAAUGCACUCCUGGACGGAGAAGACAUCGCGAAGUUGGAACAGGGCACAACAUGGGACGAGAGUGUGAUGGAUGCGGAUCGUGAUGGGAACCAGAACCUCCAACCCCUCGGCACCAGCGCUGCGCCUACACGAGGACCUUCGCCUGCACCCUCGCUCGGUCUCAACGGUCCUACAACGAAGGCUGAGGAAGAUGAUCAGCUUGCCGCUGCCGUGGCAAUGUCGCAGGGUUUCGGAUACAAAUCGCAAGAGAGCGGCGUGGUAAGACAAGAUGGCUCCGAGCAGCAUUUUGGACCAGCUACGCGAGCUCAAUAUGAGGAACGCAAUUGGGGGCUUACCAUCCUACCAUCUACCGCACAGGAGAUAGUUCCGGAUGUCCCUGUGAUCGAGAGGAAGCACAAGGACUUUGAGCCGAGGUCCUUGAAAUACCUGCCGGACGGAGACUACACGCCCAAUCUCAUCACCAUCUGCCAUGCCGUCCCAAUAGCCCGGGAGGCAUUUCUGAUGCGCGAGCACGCCGAACAAGACUACGGCUCCGACGCCGACUGGUGGCACGGUGCAAUUAUCACAAUCCCACGUAUUGUACAUACCCUUGACGGCAGUGCUGUUGAGCCCGACACCGACAAGUACGACGAAUUUCUGUCCGAAUGUCAACGCCUCAUGGCUUUUCUAGCAAGCAGCAAGCGGAGCUAUGCGAGUGUUGGAGCGCUCAAUAAUACCGAAAUCAUUAAAGACAUACCUCCCCACUCAAAAUCCGGUGGCCUGUUGGAGUAUUUCCUGCACAGCUGGACAUCCGCGAGCAUGAGCAAGCACGAGCAUGAUCCGAAUCAGCGCGCCCAGCUGGCAAAUAUCUUCACUACCAUUGUCGAUACAAACGCACCACAGGGCAUGCAGGAUUCGCGGCUCAGUGUUAUUGACAUCACAGUGAAGUCGCAAGACGGCGAUGACAGACCAGAGCUCUAUGAACACUUGGAUAACCUCCUGUGGGACACCGACCCGGACGAUAAAGACCGGCCGGAUAAUUACAUCACGAGACCGGCAGAUAUCAUGGUUAUGAAAGCUUCAAGCAGCAACCCUGCUGCAUCGCAGCUUGGACUCGUCGUUCCAGCCUCCUUCUACAUGGACAAGUACUUGGAGAAGAACAUCGGAGCCACGAAAGCCGUUCGGGAUGACAUGGCGCGGGAGAAGGGACGUAUUCGUAAGAUCUCUGAGAUCGAAAAUAAGCUGCGGAACUGGCAACAUCCGAAGAAGAACGCACAGCUCGGAGCGCAGAAGUUGUUGGAGUACACCCUUGGCCAUUUCUCUGGCGCUAAUCGACGGAAGGUCGAUGAGGCUGACAAGAAGAAUGAGUCUUCUCUCUCGGAUAUCCCUCAGCCCGCUUAUUAUUCUGACAUCAGUGCAAAGCUGGAGAAGGUGGUUGCCAGCAUCAACAAGAAACUGGAGCUUCUUGCCGCGGAGAAGGAGAGAUCUCGCAAGGCCAUCGCGGAUAUGUCAAAGUCUUCGUUCCCUGGUGGCAAAGAGGAAGACUGCCGACACCGCUAUACGUUGCGUGGUGUUGCCACUAAGCCGAACAUUACCUACAUAUUGCAUCCUUUGGAUCCAAAUGAUCGACGCCUGUCACCAGCAUCGGACGACGAUACCACGCCUCAAGGUUAUCAGUGGUGGAGGGUGGAGUACAAGGUCAGCGGCAACACAGCCUCCCUGAACACCGCCAAGGCUGCCGACUACGAUGUUCUGCGUGCUGUGGAGCUCGAACACAACUCGGCGUUACUUGUUUACGCGAGCGACGAUGCCACAUCGCUUGACGAUUUCUGUGAACUGCCACGCAAGCUCCAAGAGUUCGUCGAGGCCGAUAAUGCCCUCUUCGAGCAGGAACUUGCGCAAGGACCGCCUUCGUAUGAGCAGGCAUUCGAGGAAGACAUGAGAGAUAUUCCUCGUCAAUCCAUCGAGCGAUCCGACUCGGUGAAUAGUCUGACCGCGGUGCAUGGUGACGACGACGAAGCCGAUCCGCCAGGCUACAUGGAAGACGACAUCAACCGUGCCGGUCUCGGGUAUGGGCAGAGCUCGAACGACCCGCCGCCGGUGGAUAUCAUCCUCUCCGAGACCGAAGAGGCAGCCCCCGAGGUGGAGAUGCAGGAAAAGGCGCACGAGCCGCUUCUUCCGCGGCCGCGCGUUGGAAGUGAUACCAACAUGGGAGGUAUGGGUGGGCAGGAUGACGGCAUGGGAGGGAACGCUUAG